AUGAGCUUUGAUAAAAUAUACUCUGUUGAUUCUAUUACUGGAGAUAUUUAUGUCAGCACUAUUAAUGGCUCCAGUAAGAAUAAAUCUGACCAUGCAUCAAGAUAUAAUGACAUAGAAAUUGAUGUAGUUGAGAAUGUGCUUUACUACAUUGAUGACAAUGACAUCAAACGGGGAAAUCUUGCCUUGACUAGAAACGAAAUUUUUGCGAAAAAUGUUUCUGUUCAUGAUAUUACAGUUGACUGGAUUGGUCGUCGUAUCUUUUACAUUGACUCCACGAACAUUAUCUACCAAAUUUAUUUGAAAAAGGAAAUUACAAGUGUUAUGAGGCUUCAACCAGGCUUACAAUUUUCCAGCAUUGCAUUUGACUCAAAACAAGGGUAUCUAUUCUUGGCAGAAAGUACAGAACUUUUCUUAUGGUUAUGGAGCAUGACUGCAAAUAAACAUCAUAUUCUUUCAGUUUCACUUCAGUCAAUAGCAUAUGAUCUAACGCUUGACAUGGCUAAAGAGAAGAUUUAUUGUAUUUGGGGAUUUCAUUUAUAUCAUGACUAG